CUUGCGGCUUUAUUAAUUUGGAAUUUCUUUUCUAGGAGCUGGAGAAGAAAGCUUGAUCAAACACUCAAAACAGUUUUGAAUUUCCAGAAAUCUGAGGAAUUAAAAAUGGGAUACUGGAAAUCAAAAGUUCUUCCAAAGAUUAAGAAGGUGUUCGAGAAGAACCCUGCUAAGAAAGCUGCAGUUGCGGAGGCUUGCAAGUCCUUUGAUGAUUCUAAGGAGGGAAUCAACGAGGAGUUUGAAGAGAAGAAGACAGAUCUUCAGCCCAAAGUAGUUGAAAUCUAUGAAGCCACAUCAGCUGAAAUCAAGAGCUUAAUUAAGGAACCCAAGGAGGAGGGAGUAAAAAAGCAGUCAGCAGCUGUCCAGAAGUUCCUUGAAGAGCUCGUUAUAAUCGAGUUCCCGGGAUCAAAGGCAGUAAGCGAAAUAUCAUCCAAGUAUGGAUCAGGAUCAGUUUCAGGGCCAGUUUUGUUCAUACUGGAAAAAGUUUCAAGCUUGGUAAUUGUGGAAGAUAAAGCUGCGGCGGCUGAGCCACCUGCAGAAACACAGACCAAGGAAGAAGUUGAAUCCAAAGACAAAGAAAUUUUAGUUCAAGAUGAACAACAAGAACCCAAGAAAGAAGAAGUCAAGGACGAAGCUCCGGCGGAGGAAGCAGCGGCUGAACCACCGAAGCAGCAGCCAGCUUGACCAUCUUCUUCACUAAAUUCUCAUCUCUGUAAUAUUAAUUUCUUCACAGCUUGAAUCACCCAGAAAAUUUUAAAGAUCAUUUGUUAUUCUUUUCUUGUCUGUGUAUCUUAAUUAUUUGUAUUCAUCUCUCUCUCGAAUUGUUUUGUUUGGAUAAACACUAGAUCUUCUGUAUGCUUCACUCCACUAUAAUUUGUUUUUGUUUGUCUAUAUAUUAAAAUCUACACUCUAUUUGUAAUGUA